GCCAGCAUGGCUACAAUCUUGCCGCGACGGGCGACUUAUAUAUGCCAAUCAUGCGAAAGGCUCGUCAUAGCUCAAUUUAGCCGACGACAACUUGCUUCAAUUGCGAGGACCCCCAAGAGGCAACCUGCGACCAAGAAGAAUAGUCGAUUGUUUUCCCAAUCCUCGAUAUCCAGAAAUGCCCCCAGCAUCUCGGCCGCCGCGAACCUCCCUCCGAAACCGAACAAGAAAAAACCUUCCAUAAACGCACAUGAAAUACCCCCCGAAAUCUCUCUGAAACCACUCAACCCGGCAGCCGAGCUCAAGGCCCUCAAAGAGACAGUCGCACGGUUGACGUCCCUCGACACAGUCCCAGAAGACAGCGAUGUCCUGACAUUUCUCUUGGAUUCAUAUCGCUUAGCGAACUGCCUUGUAUUCGGCGUCAGUAAAGGCGCAAAUGAAGUUGACACAGAACCUGGCGAGGAUCUCUCUGCCGCCAUCCUGCGCGACCUGACGGAAGAUGGUUCCAGCAAUGACUCUGUCUUUGUACCGGAUCACGAGCUCUCUGCGCCUUUCCGCGACAGUGCUGCACACACCAUCGCCGAACUAGCCUAUACCCUUUUGCGCGAUCCAAAGGUCUACGUCUCAGACGAGGCACUGUCCCUCUAUGUCCGUAUACAAUGUCUGCUGGGCAAACCUGAGUUUCUCCCCGAGAUAUUCCACCUACACGCGCACAAGAAGACACCAAACCCAGGCACAAAGCCGAUCACAUUUUCAGAGACGUGGCCGAAGUUGCCAAAGUAUGCCAUCCCACCAUCUCUGGCGGAUGCUGCUCUCGAGGCCGCCAUAUUGAAGAAGAACCUGCCACUUGCAAUUGCGAUCAUAGACACUUCGAUCGCAUCACCUGCGAACAGAAACGCCCGGAUCAUGGGGAGAGCGGCAGUCCCAAUGGUCGGCGUAGCCUCGCUACCGUUGCUGGCCUACGUGGGCGCGGACUGGGUGGCUCACUGGCAAAACACAAUGGACGUUCAGUUGAGCAAAUACACGGCCAUUGCCGGGGCGAUGGCUUAUAUCGGUACAUUGACGACGAUCGGGUUCGUUGCCAUCACGACGUCGAACGAUCAGAUGCAAAGAGUUGUCUGGCGGCCGGGCACGAAGCUGAGUGAGCGGUGGACCAGGGAGCCGGAGCGAGCAAUGUUUGAUAGACUUGCGUUGGCUUGGGGAUUUCAGGAGAGAUCUAGAUGGGGUGAGGAGCAAGGGCAUGACUGGCAACAACUCAAGGAUGAGUGUGGGUUAAGAGAUAUGAUUCUAGACAAGACGGAGUUGAUGGAGGGCAUGCAAUAGACGUGUAACAGCGCACUUUCAGGCUAUGUCUUAACAGACUAUUCCAUAAUACGAGAUUUCAUGAACUUCCAUUG